GCAGCAGGUGAGUUACAGUGAAAUGUUGAUGUGUUCACGUUAAAUAGGUUAUAGAAACGGACACCAGCCCAGAUGUUACAGUGGCCACGUCACUGUUGUUAAACACCGACUGAGCAGUGAGUCUGGAUCCGAGUCUAUUAUCGAGCGAAGACCCAUGGAGACGGAGGGAGCUCCGGGGCGUGAGGGGGGUUAACGAGAGGGUGAGGAGACGGACCCGGACUCAGCAGGGGUCAAAGGUCAGAGGAAAUAGAGAUUGUCCAAUCAGAGGAGCUGAUGUCAUCGGUGAAGCAGAGGUACUGUGACAUCAGCCCUGUCACGCUGCAGGUGGUGGGUGGGGCUGUGAGCUCCAGUCUUUACUGCGGGGAGGUGCAGGGUCUGUCGGGGGAGGCGGGGGGGCUGGUGGAGUCCUUCCUGGUGGAGCUUUAUCGCUGUAAACUCUGUCAAUUCACCUGCGGCCUCAAGACCUCCAUCAGCAGCCACCUGCUUCUCAGGCACCGCCCCGCUGCCCUCACCUACCUGGAGGAAGUUGACGAAGGGGCCGGGGCUGAGGGUGGAGAAGAGGUGGGUCUCCAACGGGGGGUGUCACCCUAUCGGCUGGAUCUGAACGGAGAGUCGAAGCAGAGCGACGAGGACGAGGAGUUCCUGCUCUACAAUAUGCUGGACAACAUGAGCCCUCCCACCUGUGACAUCAGCAGCGAGGGGGGGCUGCAGGUCGCACACACCUGUGAGGUCAGCACUCUGUUUGAGGAGGAGGAGGAGGAGGAGGAGGAGGAGGAGGAUGACUCCUCCAUCUUCCCCCUGAAGGGGAGUCCAGUGGAUCUGUCUUGUUCCAUCGACCCCCCCGCCACCCAGGAGGAGAUGGCUCAGUCCGCUCACCUCAUGACUCUGGGACUGUGUCGCAUUUCAGCCGCCAGACCUCCUCCUCCUCCUCCUCCUGCUCUUCCUCCCCACUCCUCCUCCUGCCCCGCCCAACACCCCCCUCCCCCUGAAGACUCCCCCCGCCUGCCCCAGGCCACCAGCCUGAAGCAGAGUGGGACGGAUGGCCGACAGACGAGGACGCCGCCCUCUGGCAGACGGAGGCUGCCGUGUUUUCUGUGUCCCGUGACGCUGCCAUCCUGCCGUCUGCUGGACGUCCACGUCCGGUCCCACCGAGCGGGCGGCGGCUUCAGCUGCAUCCGCUGCAGCUGGACAGCCGACAGCUGGGAGGAGCUGGAGCCUCACUGGAAGAGCCACUGCAAGAGGAGGAGGAGGAGGAGGAGGAGGAGGGAAGAAGAGGAGAAGAAGAAGAAGGCGGUGGCGUCACGAAACGUUCACCAGCAAACACAUCAACAUGGCAGCUGCUCUGACACAUGGAGGGGCCUGCCGAUUGCACAAGCAGGAGGGAAGGAGGCGGAGCAUACAGACAGUCAGACCAGUAGACCUCAGACUGGUUCACUGCAGAGCGUCACAGGAAAGAAGAAGAAGAAGGAGAAGAAGUACACCAGAAGAAAGAAAGAAGAAGAAGAGGCAGAGAAGGAGGCUGAGCAGAAGUCUUCAGAGAUGAGAGCCCAGACCGGGUUCUGCUGCUCGCUGUGUCACAGGAAGUUCUCUUCUAAGCUGACUCUGAGGCGUCACCUGGGCGUCCACGGAGGAGACAAACCAUUCACCUGUCCUCACUGUUCCUACAGCAGUAGACUGAAGGCCUCCCUGCUGCAACACCUGAGGACUCAUACAGGUGAGAAGCCGUACAGGUGUGCUGAGUGUCCGUACGCCUCCAUAGAUCGCAGCUCUCUGCUCAGACACUGCAGAACUCACAGUCAGGAGAAACCAUACAGGUGUCAGCACUGUGACUACAGCAGUAUCCAGAAGAAGAGUUUGGACCUCCAUGCUCGCCGUCACCAUACAGGUGAGGCGUUUCCGUGCCGACACUGUGAGUACUCGAGUCCGGACCGUCAGCUGCUCCUCAGACACGUCCGCCGACACCAUGUCCCUUCCCAGCAUGCUGUUCUGUGACCUCACAGCUGACAGGACACUCUGAUUGGACUGUUAGUUUGUGGGCGGGGACUACACAGCUUACAUUGAAUCAGUGAUGAUGCCACCAGCCGUGCUGCUGAUGUCACUGACAGAAGUUUUUUUU